GUGGUGCUUUCUACAGCGCACUUACAUGUGGCUGAAGAAGACCAUACAGCUAACUUUGUUGAUGACAUAAGUAUUUUAACGCCUUGUUGCAAAGUUAAUAUCAAAGUAGCAGAUAUUUAAAUGGUUAUUUUUUGUUUGUUUAAAAUAGACGCUUCACGUUUAAUAGACAUCGUUUAAACGCAUUUCGCUGACUGACUACACCGGGAAGUAGACGGCCCCUUUGCCGCCGACUCUCGCUACUUCCGGUGUGGUUGUCGGGGCUCCAUGUUGAAAAAGCUCCCCGCUGCUCUCCUGCGGUUCCCCCGUCGCCUACUCUCCGUUAGCCGGGUGCGCAGUCACCUGGGCAGCAUGGAGCCGGCGGUGGUGAGGUGUGUGCCCGGGGAGCCCAGGCUGACCAUCUCGUUCAGCAUAGCGGGCAGCCAGAAGCACAUGCAGCGGGAGCAGGACGAGCCUCUGGGGAAGGUCUUGACCCGCAUCGCCUGCAACUUCGCCAAGGACCAAGGCCGGGCUAAGAAGAGCAAGAGGAAGGCGCAACAGCAGCCGUCCGAAAGCCCGGAGCUCGCCGUGGUGAAGCUCCUGGUGGACGGCGGCGAGGUGGAGGACACGGUGGUCAACUCUGAGGCGUGGAGGGACGGAGCCGUGCUGCGGGUGGGGGACGUCAGCUACUUGGUCAGCCGCAACACUCCCACCUUCACUAGCGCCGAGCUGCCCGCCUCCCUCUUGGCUGGAUUCCCCGUCUGUCCCAAGCUGGAAGUGGAGUUUGGAGACCUGCAAGACUGCGAGUUCUUCUGGUUCAAAGGCAAGGAAAGUGCUCAAACCUCCGGCGACGCAGCCGUUGAAGGCAUCGCUUGGACAGAAGUAGGACGUGCCAGAGUCUACGUCCCCUCCAAUCAGGAAAUUGGCUGCAGGCUCAAACUCUGCUGCACGGCCAAAGACGGACGCCGCAGAGGGCAGAUCAAAGAACUGGUCUCCGCCAGUGCCGUAGAGGCCGGACCGGGCGUGUGCACGUUCGACACCCGACACGCGUACACGGCCAAGCCGGUGGACUGGCCGUCCGUGAGGGUGGUGUCCUACAACAUCCUGGCCGACAUCUACGCUCAGACAGAACUGUCCAAGACUGUGCUGUACCCCUACUGCCCCCCCUACGCCAUGCAGCUGGACUACAGGCAGAACCUGAUCAAAAAGGAGCUGGCCGGAUACCACGCUGAUAUCGUGUGUCUGCAGGAGGUUGACAAAGGUGUGUUUUUGGACAGUCUGAUCCCGGCCCUCGAUGCCUUCGGCCUGGACGGCGUUUUUAGGGUUAAAGAGAAGCAACAUGAAGGACUGGCAACUUUCUAUCGCAGGACAAAAUUGAAGCUGCUGAGUCGCCAUGACAUCAUGCUGAGUGAGGCGCUGACCUCUGACCCCAUCCACGGCGAGCUGCUGGAGAAGGUCUCCGCUAACAACUUCCUGAAAGACAAGAUGGUCAAGAGGUCCACUUCCUUACAGGUCAGCAUACUGGAGGACCUCAGCCAGGCCGGCAGGAAGGUGUGUGUGGCCAACACACACCUGUACUGGCACCCUCAAGGGGGGAACGUUCGCCUGGUGCAAAUGGGCGUGGCCAUGCGACACCUGAGUCAUGUGAUCGAGGAGGUCGCCCCGGGAGCCCCGUUGGUGUUUUGUGGCGACUUCAAUUCCUCUCCGACCUCAGGUGUGCUCCAGCUGGUCACUGAGGCCACGGUCCCCCAGCAGCACUCGGACUGGAGCAGCUCGGGUCCGGAGGAGUCGUGCCCAAUGGAGCUGCCCUCCACGUUGCCCCCCUUGCUGAGUGCCUGCGGCCCGCUGGCUUACACCAACUACGUGGGCGGCUUCCAAGGCUGCCUGGACUACAUCUUCAUCCAGCCGGAGAGGAUGCAGGUGGAGCAGGUGAUCCCUCUGCCCAGUCACGAGGAGGUGACCACUCACACGGCUCUGCCCAGCGUGGCACACCCGUCUGACCACAUCGCGCUGGUCUGCGACCUGCGCUGGAACCCCUGACCUGUGAGCGCCCGGUCAAACACAACACCUACCGUGUUUCCUUCAAUUGCCGCCGGGGCGCUAAUUAUUUUCAAACCUCUUCUCACUCCGGCGCUUACCAAAGGCAUGCGGUAAAUUUAGGCCUGCGCUUAAAAAUUUGAGUGUGAUGUAAGGAUACCAUCAUGAAAAGCACAUUUAAUAAAUUAAAAAAAACAUUAUUAUGAUCUUACCUUUACUUAUAAAUGAAGUCCAUGCUCAGCUCCUUCUGAUCAAAAGCAUCGGUAACUUGUUUAUAGAAGUCUUCCUUAUCUUUCUUCAGUUUUAAAAGUCUCUCUGUCUCGAUGGAGAUCUUCCUUUAUUACCUCCUGCUUCGAUUGAAAGUCCAGUUUAGAAAACUGUUUUAUUUUGGAUAUGUAAUCCUCCAUGUUAAAAGUGCAAGCGAGAGGAAAAAAUAAACGAUGGGUAGUCACUCUUGGUGCUUGUUGUCACUUCUUCUGCAGCCGAGUAGUCGCAAGAAGGAUCACUAGCGCCCUCUACCACCAGGAGGCGGGAGGCAUUUAAUGACUCAUAUUUGACACACGCAGCUACGGUAUGUUAAUAAAACAUAACUGCUUACUGUUCUUUUUAGCAUAUUCAAUAGCUUGGACCUUAAAUCCUACUGAAUAGCUCUUAAUCUUCUUCCCUUUAUGCGAUUUCAAAUGAUUGAAAUCAGCCUCCUCCAUUUUGAAAAUGAUGACAGGUGAAGUGUCACUCGUGACGUGACGAGUUUGACCCGGUGGAAAUUCUAGGCAUAUGCUAAUAAAAAAAAUAUUUUGCGAAACAAGUUUGACCCGGCAGUAAUUCUGGGCAAACUCAUACUAUAUACCCGGCGGCAAUUCAAGGAAAUACGGUAAAUGGGCCCAAGUCACAUUUGAGCAACUAAAUUAUCUUAUUUAAAGAGCUUCAAUGUCCCAAGUUUUUAUUUAAAGUUAUUUUAAUCACUGAUAUUCAGCGUUUAUUUAUAGAUUAGACCCAAUUCUCAAUGAAAUAGAUCGCAACGAAUCAUUAGUUUGUUUUGACAUCAACCAAGUGUUACUCGCUGGUCCCUUAUUUGAAAUAAAUGUCCCCAAGUACCACUUUUAA